GCUACUACAGACUAAAGCAUUAAACCUGCUGUGAGCAUGCGAGUAACGAGAAUUGUGACUAUCAUCUGAUCAUUUGAUCUGACGUCGAUAGCGAGGUGUAGGCUAUAUACAGACUCAACAAGCUUUACUGAGACAAGGAAACACAGAGACACCGGCCUGAUGCAAUCCUUGAGGCGAACUAUUCCUUGGCUGUUCCAGAGAAGUCCAUUUGCCAGCGUUUCGCUCUUGACUUCUGUUGCUGGCCACAACAACAAAAUGGCGACACUUGACGAAGUUGCUGGGGGAGAUCUGGGGACGUUAAGCCCAACAGACUUAGAAAUUUUAGACAUCUUUAACGUAAGUCACCACCAACUGCCAAAAGAGGACAAGCCAUGUUCCACUACCACGAUGACCUUCCAGCGUAGCUUUGACAAAGAAUUGCUCGAUGCGACCAUGACAGUGCUCAAAACUGGCAAACUAACGCCACUGAUUAAGGAGGAGCUGAAGUGCACGAUACAGAACCGCCGCUUAGCCAGGGGACAGGAGGAACUGAUGGUAGACCUCACCCCUUCAACACACUCUCACACUCUCAGUCCAGAAGAAGAGGCCUCCCUGGAUGAAAAGAGGAAAAUCCGCAGAGAAAGGAAUAGAGUCGCAGCCUUGAAAUGUCGCAAAAAGAAACGAGAAGAACAGGCUUCACUUGUUGAGCACUGCCAGAUGUUAGAGGCUCGCAAUUCUGAACUGCAACAACAACUUCAACAAAUGGAGCAAGAAAAGAACACUAUCCUACAGGCGCUGGCUGAGGUCAGGGGGCUGCAGCUUGACGUAGGCGGAGCGUUCUGGUCAGAACUGAUGGGCGGAGCGAGCAAUGAACGUGGCAACGUGGGCGGUGCGAUGGAUCUGGACGUCCCGCAUGAUGAGCCGUUGACUGACACGGGCUUGUGUGGCACUCCGGUGUCUCCAUGA